CCCAGCGCUAGGUGGUGCCCGUCCGGCAGGCCGCCGCUCGCCUACAGCUGCGAGAGUCUCUCGCCCGGCCUGGGGGACUAGCUGGCUCUUGGGCCCGCCCCCGAAGACGUGGAGUGCUGUGGCGGCCGCAAGUUUGUCAAAGAUGAAAGUGACCUUGUCAGCUCUGGAUACUCAUGAGAGCUCUUUCACGCCUCUGGUUGUCAUAGAACUUGCUCAGGAUGUCAAGGAAGAAACCAAAGAAUGGCUGAAAAACAGAAUUAUCAGUAGAAAGAAAGAUGGAGGUGCUCAGCUGUUGUUUAGACCGUUGUUAAAUAAAUAUGAGAAAGAAACACUAGAAAAUCAGAACUUAUAUCUUGUCGGUGCCUCCAGGAUUAGACUGUUACUGGGGGCAGAGGCAGUGGGAUUGGUGAAAGAGUGCAGUGAUAACACCAUGAGAGCCUUCAUGUAUGGAACCCGACACAACUUCAAAGGUUUUGAGGAUGAUAAUGAUGAUUUCCUCACCAUGGCAGAACGUCAAUUCAUUAUCAAACAUGAACUUGAAAGUCUUAGAGCCAGAGAUGAAAAUAUGAUCCCUGGUUACCCCCAGGCAAAGUUGUACCCAGGAAAAUCAUUAUUGAGGAGGCUGCUGACAUCUGGCAUCGUGAUUCAGGUGUUUCCACUGCAUGACAACGAAGCCCUGAAGAAGCUGGAGGACACCUGGUAUACUCGGUUUACCUUAAAGUAUCAGCCCAUAGAUAGUAUUCGUGGCUACUUUGGAGAAACAAUCGCUCUUUACUUUGGAUUUUUGGAAUAUUUCACUUUUGCCUUAAUCCCUGUGGCGGUCCUUGGGCUACCUUACUACCUGUUUGUGUGGGAAAACUAUGACAAGUAUGUGGUCUUCGCCUCGUUCAACCUGAUCUGGUCCACAGUGAUCCUGGAAGUGUGGAAGCGCGGCUGUGCCAGUAUGACCUACAGGUGGGGGACCCUGGUCAUGAAGAGACAGUUUGAGGAGCCCCGGCCGGGAUAUCACGGGGUCCUGGGUAUCAAUUCCGUCACCGGCAGGGAGGAACCACUGUACCCCAGCUACAAGAGACAGUUGCGCAUUUACCUGGUCUCCCUGCCGUUUGUGUGCCUCUGUCUCUAUUCCUCUCUGUUUGUCAUGAUGAUUUACUUUGACAUGGAGGCCUGGGCCUUGGAUCUGCAUGAGAACAGCAGGUCCGAGUGGACCAGUAUCUUGUUGUAUGUGCCCAGCAUCAUCUAUGCCAUCGUGAUUGAGAUCAUGAACCGCCUCUAUCGAUAUGCUGCCGAGUUUUUAACUUCAUGGGAGAAUCACAGAUUGGAAUCUGCCUACCAGAAUCACCUAAUUCUGAAAGUGUUAGUGUUCAACUUUUUAAAUUGCUUUGCCUCACUCUUCUACAUUGCCUUUGUCCUGAGGGAUAUGAAGCUUUUGCGUCAGAGCUUGGCUACUCUCCUGAUUACCUCCCAGAUCUUUAACCAAAUUGUAGAAUCUCUUCUUCCUUACUGGCUCCAAAAGAAGCAGCAUGUGAAGGUAAAGAAAAAGGUGCAGGCCUUAAAGGCAGACAUCGAUGCUACAUUAUAUGAACAGGUCGUUCUGGAAAAGGAAAUGGGAACUUACUUGGGCACCUUUGAUGAUUACUUGGAGUUAUUCCUGCAGUUUGGUUAUGUGAGCCUUUUCUCCUGUGUUUACCCACUGGCAGCUGCCUUCGCUGUGCUAAAUAAUCUCACCGAAGUUAAUUCAGAUGCCUUAAAAAUGUGCAGGGUCUUCAAACGCCCAUUCUCAGAACCUUCAGCCAGUAUUGGUGUAUGGCAGUUGGCUUUUGAAACAAUGAGUGUUAUAUCUGUGGUCACUAACUGUGCUCUGAUUGGAAUGUCACCACAAGUGAAUGCACUCUUUCCAGAGUCAAAAGCUGACCUCAUUUUGAUCGUGGUAGCAGUGGAGCACGCACUCCUGGCUUUGAAGUUCAUCCUUGCAUUUGCCAUACCUGAUAAGCCACGGCAUAUCCAGAUGAAACUGGCCAGAAUGGAAUUUGAAUCUUUGGAGGCACUCAAGCAGCAGGGGUGACUCUGGCCUGCUCGAGUGGCAGCGGCACACCAGGCCUGAGAACAAGAAGAAGCAUCGCAGCCAGGUCGGAGGAGGACACCUGCUACUGACCACACGGGCUACUCGCCCAGGUGGAACCAGAGGACGCGAGUAUAAGGCUUGCACUGCCGAGUGGAAAGGAUGUUGUCUCUUCGGCACGUGUUUCCGAGAUGCGAAAGCAAAUCUGCCAACACCUAUAACCCUGCCAGUCACCCUAAACUCCCCCUGAUUCUCUUGAAAAUGAAGUGUCAUUGAAAAAAACAGUUAUCAUAACCUGUACAUCCGCACCUUCCCCUGCCAGCUCGGCCCCUAGGCUUGUGUGCAGAGCAGAACUCUGGGGUGGACAGAGUACUGAGGUGACAGGCCAGCUUGCUUUGCAGAUGAGGGCAGAUGAGGAAGGAAGAGAUCUGGAAAUGGAGGAGGGAGCAGAGACCAGAGCCUGGGGACGCUGGACUGAGGGGGACUUGGGGAAAGAGGUGGGUCGCCUGAGGUGGGCCGUAUUGUGGGGCUGAGUGAGACAGGCCACAGGGGGUCAGCUCACGGGAGGUGCCUCAAGUUGCUUCUGGACUGUGUUGGAGCUGUGUGUGUCAGAGAGGGGCCCGGAGCUGCUUCCCUGUGUGCAAGAGAGGUCAAGCCUUUGUAAUGAAAAAGAAAGGGAAAUAAGUAGCUGCUGGGAAUGUCAAAGAACAUGAUUUGGGUUUCUGAACAAGGCUUAAAAUGUCAUAGUAUAACUAGCAACCCAUAGAAAGUACCUCAGAGUACACCAGAAGAAUGAGCUUGUCAGAAAACUGGCCGGUGGAAUCAAGAGAACUUUAUAAUUUAAGGGAGAAAAACAUGCCCAGACAAAGCCUUCAGACUAGGUGGAAUUAUAAACAAUAGAUAUGACACAUUUAGUUGAGAAGGUACCCAGUAAUUUACAGGAGAAUGUAAGAAUGAUGAGAUUUAGGAACUUUCAUAACCUGGGAUAUUUCUGCU